AGGUCCCACCUCACCACUUGAAGUUGUUGUAGCUGUGAAAACAGCUGCUGUGGUCAAGGCUCUCCUCUGUCUGACAAACACUGGCAGCGAUGGAGAACUUCAGACAGUUCCUGGUCGCCUUGUGUGCCGCCGCCGCCGUCGGUGUUGUCUCCAUUAUAUUCGUGCUGAGAUGGGUCCUGCAUUUUAAAGAGGGUUUAGCCUGGGAUGGAGGACUGGCUGAGUUCAACUGGCAUCCGGUCUUAAUAGUCAUCGGGUUUAUUUUCUUGCAAGGAACAGCCAUUGUUGUCUACAGGCUCCCAUGGACAUGGCAGUGCAGCAAGCUGAUAAUGAAGUUUAUCCACGCGGGCUUGAAUUUACUAGCCUUCAUUCUCGCUGUCAUAUCUUUGGUGGCGGUUUUUGACUUCCACAAUGCUGCCAAAAUCCCCAACAUGUACAGUCUGCACAGCUGGCUGGGCCUGAUAGCAGUCAUACUGUACUGUCUACAGCUUGUUCUUGGAGUUGGCAUGUACUUGAUACCAAUUACACCUGCGUCCUGGAGAGCAGCCUUCAUGCCCCUCCAUGUCUACAGUGGUCUUUUAAUCUUCACAGGCGUGAUAGCUGUGGCACUCAUGGGCAUCACUGAAAAACUCAUUUUUGGCCUGAGCAACCCGAAGUACAAGGACUCUCCCCCAGAGGCAAUUUUUGUUAACGUUCUGGGACUCCUCCUCGUGGUUUUUGGAGCUCUUAUCCUCUGGAUUGCCACUCGAACGUCUUGGAAACGCCCCAGUGACCAGACCCUGCAUAUUCUGCAUACCAACGGGGGAGGUGAGGACAGCAGCAAAGUCGGUCCAGCUAUGUCUCAGCUGUCUGAUGGAACUGAUGCUGAGCCCUCUGGGGAUGUCAGACGGAGGAGUAACAAACUAGAUGAGCAGGAUAACUGAUUAAAAAAUAUCCGACUUGGAGUGGAGACUGUCUCCAGUGCUGAAUGUAUGUACACCCAGUCUACACUGGUCAGAGAAAGUCAAAAGGAAUAUGUUUUUUGCUGGUCUUUUGAUACUUUCUUUGAUCGCUUUCUGUCUUGCACCUUAAAGUAUUUUGUUGUUGUUUCUCCAACAUGUAUUGUUAUGAGUGCAUGUAAAUAAUGUUGAGCUACUUUAUAACUAGAUUCAGAUUAUGUGUGUAAACUAUAUUGUCAUACAUGUACCACAAUCAUGACAGAUUUUCUAUUUGUAUAUUGUCUCUUUAGUUCUGUCAUUUUUGAACUAUCCACAUUUUACAAUAAAUAUUUGCAACUUCUAACUAGCAUCUCUGUAUAUUAAGAAAUAGAUGACAUGCAAAAAGAAAAGAAAAAAUGUAUACAAAAGAAUACUGUCAAUAAAUAUAAGCACCAAUUUGUGGUAGCAGGCCAAGAUACCACUUAAA